UAUUUUUAUAUUUAUAUUUUAAAUCAAUAUUUUAUAGUUUAUUAAUUGUUUUGAUUUGUUUUUAACGAUAUGUAUCCCCGGAUGAGUCAAUACUAUCCAUCAACGGUUCCACAACAAGAUAUGAUUUCCACCACUAGUCACACAAACCAUUUAAAUCCAAGAGUUAUGUCGGCAACGGUGUCUCAGCCCAUGAGUACCGGUCCCUGGGGUUACCCACCCGUAACUCCGUGCUAUCAGUACAUCCCAAAACCCUAUCCGUCGACAUCGACAUCUGUCUUACCAUCAAAUGCUGCCACUGUUUCGUGCAAUCCUUUGCUUUCAACUGUAGACAACAACCAGCCGUCUGUCUUAGACAUAGGUUCUUCUUUUUCUUCAUCGACAAGUGAUUGUAAUAAAUGUAGACAAAUAUGUGUUAAGAGUAAUAUUGAAGACAAUAAUGUAUUGAUGAAAGAGUUGAUAAAGAGUUUGGAGACAAUGCGACAAAAUCAGGAAAGAUUUGAGACAAAUGUAUUGACAGAAAUGAAACAAAUGAAAGAAGUGAUGUCUGAUCUGAAGUUAACUUUACAAGAGCUUCCCAUAAGAUUUGCCGACGCUUUGACUCAGGGUUUGGAGUCAGUAAACAAUCCAUCAGAUUGUAUAUCCAUUAAUUCAGAGCCUGAAAUGGUGGGCAGUAUCAGAAAAAUCAGUAUUGCGGACGAUAUUGAGACAGAUUUCGUUGAUCUAUCAAACGAUAAGCAAACGACCGAAACUCAUGGCCACCCGAAAAUGGCAUCGACAGCUAUCUUCGAAAAGUUUGUUUUUGACACGAAAGCACCCGUUGUCGACAAAUUUGCUGUUAACUCCACACAAACGCCACCAACAGUGGAAAAGUUUGUCUUUCCGUACGAUCCGAAAGUAGAUUUGAAUGUAUGGCUUAAGAAAGAAACCAACGAUUGAUUGGCAAUUUGCAGACAAUGAAUAUUAAAAUUUAAUUCAAAUACAGUAUAUCUUAUUAAUAUUUUAAAUAAACUAU